UUCCAAAAGAUUCUUCCACUCUUAAACACACAGUUCUGCUUUGCCUGAGCUCCUGAGAGAUGCAGAUCGGCAUAUUAAUCGAAGAAAUAUUCUGGGAACUUGGAUGUCAUCAUGAUCUGUAUAAACAGAGCAACACCCCUUUUAAAUCGCAUAUAAGGAACUGGGUUCUGACUGUGCAACAGGCAUUACCUACUGUGGAGCUGAGUAAACCUUAACAAGUGUACCGGAGCAAGACAAAGUUGGAAGGUCUUUGAACAAAAAAUAAGCUCCCGUUUUCCAUCCCACCCUCAAUAAACUAAACAAUCAUUAAUCACUGUUCAAAAAUGGACAAGAAAGAAUUGCCUUUACCUGGAUUCUUAAAGAAUGAUCAACAAAUACAACUUCCAGAGGACACAGCUGCAACCAAUGACCAUGUGGGUGAAGGUGAUGAGAAUGUGGAACGAGGGAACUGGUCCUCGAAGGCUGACUACUUGCUCUCGAUGAUCGGUUACGCUGUGGGUCUGGGCAAUGUCUGGAGAUUUCCAUACCUGGCUUACAGGAACGGAGGAGGUGCAUUUCUCAUUCCCUACAUAGUCAUGCUGACACUUGCUGGGAUCCCCUUGUUUUUCUUGGAAUGUUCCUUUGGGCAGUUCGCCAGUCUCGGACCUGUUGCAGUUUGGAAAGCCGUGCCCAUAUUACAAGGUGUGGGAAUCACCAUGGUCCUUGUAUCAACAUUUGUGACAAUUUACUACAACUGUAUCAUCGGCUACAGUCUGUACUACCUGUUUGCUUCCUUCCAAUCAACCCUGCCGUGGGCAGACUGCUUCAGUUGGUGGGGAGCAGAUGAAACAUGCAGCAGGACUCCUAAAGAUCCACUCUGCAAUCUCACACUAGAUAAUGGAUAUUUUGAAAUCGUUAAUACAACAUGGCUGCAGACAAACAACGAAACUUGUCCAAAUGGAUCAGCAAUUUCUGUUACUCACCAGGGUCCUAGUGAGCAAUACUGGGAUAGUGUGGCUUUGCGUCGUAGCAGCUCAAUAGAUGAGACUGGGCCAGUAGUCUGGUAUUUAGCCCUCUGUCUGCUGCUAGCCUGGAUUAUAGUUGGGAUAGCACUAUCUAAAGGAAUCAAAUCUUCAGGAAAGGUCGUUUAUUUCACAGCAACAUUCCCUUAUCUGGUUCUCAUCAUACUUCUAGUCCGAGGUGCUACUCUGAAAGGAGCCUAUAAAGGAAUUGAAUACUACAUUGGAGCGCAGUCAAACAUCUCUAAACUGAGAGAUGCUGAGGUCUGGAAAGAUGCCGCCACACAGAUUUUCUAUUCACUGUCAGUUGCUUGGGGAGGUUUAACAGCUCUGUCAUCCUACAACAAAUUUCACAACAACUGUUAUACAGAUGCCAUCAUUGUCUGUGUUAUUAAUUGUGCUACGAGUGUGUUUGCUGGCUUCGCCAUCUUCUCCAUCCUUGGACACAUGGCUCAUAUACAAAACAAGCUUGUCUCAGAGGUUGCCCAGUCAGGCUUUGGUUUGGCCUUCAUUGCUUACCCAGAGGCCCUCGCACAGUUGCCAGUGGCACCUUUAUGGUCUAUUUUAUUUUUCUUUAUGCUGGUCACUCUGGGACUGGACAGUCAGUUUGCAAGUAUAGAAACAAUUAUAACAACAUUACUGGACCAGUUCCCUACCUUUCUACGAACAAAACGCGCUUUUGUGACAUCCGGUGUUUGCUUGCUAUUUUUUUUCUUGGGCCUCGUAUGUGUAACACAGGCUGGGAUUUACUGGAUCAAUUUAAUUGACCAUUUCUGUGCUGGAUGGGGAAUUCUUGUUGCUGCUAUCGCGGAACUUGCCGGAAUAAGUUGGAUCUAUGGGGUAAACAGAUUCAUCAAGGACAUUGAGAUGAUGAUUGGGGAAAAGAAUUGGCUCUUCUGGCUGUGGUGGAGAGCCUGUUGGUUUUUUAUCACUCCGUGUUUGCUCAUGGCAAUCUUAAUCUGGUCCUUAGUAACAUUUGUACCACCAACAUAUGGAAAACUAGAAUACCCUGCAUGGGCAACAGCACUCGGCUGGUGUAUGAUCAUCUUCAUUAUUUUGUGGAUCCCCGUUGUAGCUAUUAUGAAAAUUGUCCAAAGCAAGGGCUCCAAUUUGUGGCAGAAAAUUGUUGCAGCCUCCAAGCCAACUCCAGACUGGGGCCCAUACUUGAAAAAACACAGAGGAGAAAGAUAUGACACUAAUCAGGACUCUACACAAACUGGCAUUCCUGAGAUGUCAAAAUUUUAAGGGACAUUUUCAGUUCCAUUGAUACACAUCAACCAAAUCAAAUUAUCAAAAUGCACAAUGCCUCUGGAAUUUUGCCAGCAUGGAUCGCUUAUCAGGAAUUUGGGCUUGCAUUUCAUGAGCAAAUCAUAGGGAGCAGAUGGCUGAAUUCCCAUUGAGGAUUUCCAAUGAGCUAGGCCCUUGGUUCGAAGUAUGCAUUCAUAAAAUUGCCCCCUUUCAGUUUCACUCAGAAAAUGUUGGCUCAGAUUUUCUGAUGGCCAGGCAGUCAUUCCUGCAGCACAGAAUGGGAUUUGCUAAUGGGAACGCUGCAGACUCCCUGAGGUAGCAGACUCUGAGGGCAUUGCCUGGGCAAUUGAAGAUUCCAAUGGACAAUUUCCCUAUGUGUGGAAUACUCCAAAAAGUAUCCAUUUAAAUCGAAGAAUUCAGAGGCUAUCAAUGCUGUUAAGCAAGUGGCUACCCUGAAAGUGUUACAUCAUUAAAAGUCCAUUCUAACCCCACACACACACACAACUAUAUCUCCCCUUAUACUGGAAUGCAACAAACACCAAUUUGACUCUGAUUGUCACUCCUUGAAAAAUCCAACUCUGUCUAUAGCAAUACGAAGGAGGAAUGAGAAAGUUUAAACAAAGACUAAGGCUUUUUUAGGCGUGAAUGAAGUAAAUUUGAUUUUUUUUUCACAAAAGUGCCUCCUCUCCUUCUUCCAAGACUGGCUUCUGGUAGAAAGUAUAGCGAUUUAGUGAUGGGAUACUGGACUCUGUUGCGUUAAUUCAGAAAGCAGAUAUUAUUAUAUCCUUCUUGUACUCUAAAUGAUAAACUGUUAGGUACACAAAUAAAAAUUGUGUAACUCAGCUCAAAUUACAGGACAGAAUUAUUCAUUAGCCUGCACAUGCCAAAGGGACUUGAUUGGCAAUUUCACGUAAAGUUAAAUACACACCAUAAAUACUUUGCUUGCAAAUUUUUGGCUUUACUUUCAAUGAGGAGGAAUUCACCUCCUUAUAAUCACAGUUAAGGAGUUGUCUAAAUGUCAAUGGAUGGCUUCCAAAAACAAGAAAUGUUUGAAAUUCCUUGCAGUUGCAGGCUUGGUCAAAUACCACCCCAGUGCAUUGGGCGAAUAAAAACAGUUUGAUUUCUC